GAGGGAAUAAAGCGCUUCUUAACGCCCGGAUUUUCGUCAGUUUAGCACAAGGCAUCAUAUCGCACGUUGCCAAGCGAAUAAGUCAUAAUUCAAAACUGGUUUUUCCAAGGUGUGAAUCAAUUCUUAAUCGCAGCAUCCAUCACCAUUAUCGCUAGGCCACUCGCCAACAUCGACACAUCGGACGGAGGAAACGAGCUUUCAGUCGUCAUCAUCGUACAAGAGAAAACACGCGACAUGAUUCGAUUACCGUCCUCCAUCAUGGUAGUCUGCUUGGCACUGUUCCUCAUCGCCGCCCCCCACCUUAUUCCGGCCGUGCCGCUCGACAGCCACGCUGAUAAUAGUCAUCAUUUAAUGUGGCAGAGCGUUGAGGACGAUGCGUCAACAGAAAUGGAGGAUUACGUCAAUGACAAUCCUGUCAUUGAAGUAGAUGACAGUGGGGUGCCCGUUUGCCCACCAGUGGUAAACCAUCCGCAAGCUUGUUAUGCCAAGAUUUGUCGUUCGGAUAUCGAUUGCCUUGGAGGUCAAACAGAACGCGUUUGCUGCUACAAUGGCUGCAUCCGAACGUGCAUGAUUAAAGUCAAACCGCCACCCUUCUUUGAUUACGAGGAGAGCUACAGCGAUUCCCAUCGCAAAUCAGAUGUCGGUAUGGGAGAAAGCAUUCGAGCGGGAUCGGCGGAAGUGGCUGAAUUCCAGAGGCCUGCUAUUGUGUUGACUCUGCCGGGCGGAUGUCACCUAACCCAGGAGCAGUACGACACUUAUCAAAAGUUCCAAGUUUCUCCCAACGUUCGACAAUGUUACUGCCUGGCGGGGGACGUCUUUUGCCAAAUCAAUCCGAAGGCACCUUGAUCGAUGAGCGGCGCGCUAACAUUUUUCCUUCCCCCCUCUUUUUUUAUUGUUAUUACGAUUCCCCCCACUUCUGUCUCUUUAUUUUUUGUGCCAUACUUACACAUAUCCGUCAUAUUCAUAAAACGACACACACACACACACACAUAGAAAAACCCCCCGAAAAA